AUGAACUUUGAUCGGAUUUCUCACUUGGCAUCGUAUUUCCACGGGGAUCAACAUAUCCCCAAACCUCCACCAACGGACAGGUUCGGGAGCUUUGAUGCCCUAAUACCAUCCAAUGCCAUGAGUGAUUGGGGGAUCGAAGAAACCUUGAGCAAUCCCAGCACAAACACUCCUUUUCUCCAUUUUCAAAAACCCCUCGAUGAUUUGGUGUCUUAUCCACAAAGCCAUGAUUUCAACUAUUACUAUAACCAGACUGACAUUUCUCUACCGCCUACUACACAGAAUUUAUCCAAAUAUAUCAAAAAGUAUCUUCAUUUGCGGUUGAAUGGGGAGUUUUGGGAUAAAUUCAAGUACAAUCUAAUUGUAUCAAACCUUCUUGAUGACUCUAUGAUAUUGUCAAAAAAUGAACAGGCGUUGAACAGUCUAUCAGAGAAUUCACAUAAGUUUGUCAUGAGGAAUUCAGUGUUCUAUCGGAUACUUAAUAGUGAUGGUUCUCAGUUGGUCAUAACCAAGGACUACAACCUUCAGUUUCCUAAUAAUUAUUACUACAAGAAUCACGUAUUAUCAGUUGUAUAUUUGGUGAUAUACUUAUUGAAACAAAAAUUCGACCAGAAAUUGGACUUGAACACUCAGAUGAAUAUGUUCAAGGUGCUUUUGAUCAUAGCUACGAAAUUCAUCAAGUUUAAGAGAGUUUACACCAUCAUUCAAAUGAACAAAAUACUCAACAAAUUAAAUGAGUUUUUGAUAAAUAACUUUAAGAUUAACAAGAAAAUAAUCCUUAAUUUGGUGAACUUGAAGAAUUUGAAACUCUUCCAUGGAGCUCAAUUAGCAGAGUUUUUCUCUCAGUUGAAUGGUACCCUCGACUUUCUCAUAUUCAAUGUGAAGUUCUCCAUCAUCAAGUUAUUACCAAACUUAAAUGGCCCUAUGUUUGAAAGAUACUGCACAAUCAAUAACAUCAAUCUUGAUUUUGAUGAAGAUGAAGAAGAUCCUAAUGACCCAAAUAAUGACAUCAAUAAGAUUGUUGCCAAGAUCAACAAGUUCAACGAAUACCGAAAGUUCUUGAUAUGUCAGUUGCUAACGAUAGAUGAGAGACCAGAAAAGAAUUUCUUCAUUUCCAAAAUCAUAGACAAGUUCGGCUUGAAUGAUUUGGAGUUUGAAAUGAAUGAGUUGACCAAUGUGUCCAAUUUUGAAAAAUUGCUUAUAUUAGAAGAGUUCUUCACUGAUCACAACAAGAUCCUAGAGAACUUUCAGUUAUUAUUCGAAAAAUUCGAAAAAAUCAAUAACUUGAACCUAAGUUUGAACUUGAACGAAAAUGAAGACAUAUUGAAGUUGACUUCAAGACAUCAAAACCAAUCAAGCAAUGCGAAUCUCAAUCAAUUGAUAUUGAAGCUUUCGAACUUGACGAUAAACAUGAGGUUUUUUCAAAAGUAUAACCAGUCAACAAUCGAGAACAACAACGAACUCAGCGAGAAAAUUACCAUUUUGAGCCAAUUCAGCGAUGAUUUGAAUGCCAUUAACGAACUUUAUCGAUUGAAUCUUCAGGAAUUCAAGCACCUGGCAAAUACUUUUGAAAAUGAUGAGCUUAUAUCCAAUUCGUCUAACUCCAAUCGGAACUCAAGGAAUAGUGGUGAAUUUAAUUUGAAGUCUUUUCACACCAGGCACAAGAAGGCUUUCUCAGGAUCUUCGAACAAAUCACCGCAACUUCCACUUAGGUCUCCGAAUCCCGAUGAUGACAGUUCUAAAAAGUUGUCAUCGGGCUUGAAGUUAGGAUUGUUGACUGUAUUCGAAGACGAGAACAAAAAUUCCCAUGACAAACUCAGAAAGUCAUUGAAGAUGCUUGAUGACAACAGUGACUUCAACCAAAUUACACUCGACUCUUUAUCAAGAAGAAAGGCUGGUCGUUUUUCGAUAAACUCAUUGAACUCAAAUGUCAGUGGUUUAUCUGAAAUCCUCACUUCAACACAAGGAACCUCUUUUGACGAAGAUGAUAAUUCCUUGAGUAAAGAUGACUUGAAGUUGAAGUUGGAAGAAAGCUUGAACAAAAUCUACAACUUGGAAAAUCAGGUCCGGAACCAAGAAUACCAAGGUUCGAUAGAUGUUGACGCCAGAAGCAACACUUCCCAUGAGGAUAGAGUAAACGAGGAUAUCAAUAUGAAUGAAACCACUAUCAGUCGUUCAUUCUUGGAUACCUUAGAGACAACCUUAAAUAGAUAA